UUGGCUAGAGGGAGUGAGUUGUGUCUGUGUCUGUACUGCUGUUUUUUUGAGGGGAGAAGAAUAAAAGUAGUAAAAACUACAAUAAUGUUGAAUAGUAAUUCAACUGGAUGCCCUUAUGGCUACAAUCCUUAUUUUGAUAAUAAAACAAAUGCUUUGACUCCAUGUUUUAUUUCAUUGACCAGUAUUUCGAUUGCUUGUUUUUUCGCAUUUAUUGGUCUUAUUCAGAUCAUUUUGUUAUUAAGGGAAACUAGAAUACCACCUAAUUUUAAGUACAUUUCAAAAUGGAGUUCCAUGUCACUUGCUCACUAUAUUCAUAUAUCCACUGUGAUUUUCCAAUCGCUUAUUUGGUUGGGUUUAUUGUUUCUAUGGAAUCGUUCAAUGGAAAAUACUUCAAAAAUUAUUGGUUAUUCAUACCUGAUCAAUUUUCUAUUUACAGUUCUAAUUUCAGUACCAACCCAAUUCUUAGAAUUCUUUAGAAGUACUGCAUCUAUUGGUGGUCAAAUUUUCUACUCGAUGUUCUUAUUCUUUAAUUUAAGCACUCAAAUUAUACAAAGAUUAUUUCAUCCAGAUAACAAUAAAGUGGUAUUAAUUGAUAAUGAUUACGCUCAUUUUCUGGAAUGGGUUUUAUUAUUCAAUACUGCUUUGAUCUUUACUUAUGAUAUAUCCUUUUACAAUCCUUCAGCUGAACUUAUUCAAUAUUAUAAAGAAAAUCAAAUUUAUAUCAGAUCUAAUGUUCUGGCGGAUAUAUCUUUCACUUGGAUGAAUAAGUUGAUCACUGAAACCUACCGUAACAAAAAAGUAAAAGACCCUCAUAAUUUACCUUUACCUCCAAUUGAUUUAAAUAUCCGUGAAGUCAGUUCAAGGUUAAACGCUAAUUGGGAAACUCAAAGAUGGAAUGGUAAAAAUUCAUUAUUAAUGGCAUUAUUGAAAACUUUUGGUUCUUCUAUGUUCAUUGCUAUAGUAUUCGAAACUACAAAAGAUCUGUUAGCAGUAAUAGAACCUCAAUUCUUGAGAUUAUUUAUCGAUAGUUUCAAUAUAGAUGGUGAACAAAAAUAUCCGCUUCUAAAUAGUUUCUUCAUCGUAAUUUGUUUAUUUCUGACAAAUUUCCUAUCAACUUUCUUAAACAAUCAAUUCUAUAUUAAAAUUUUCGAAGUUGGUCUAGGUAUUAGAGGUUCGGUUGCUGCUUUGAUCUAUCAAAAAUCUUUGAGGUUAUCACUAGCGUCUCGUGAAUCGUAUUCAACUGGUGAUAUUAUUAAUUUCGUAUCUGUCGAUGUAUUGCGUUUACAAAGGUUUUUUGAAAACUCUCAAGUAAUCAUCGGUGCUCCUAUUCAAAUUGUCAUCGUAUUGACCUCCUUAUAUUGGUUACUAGGUGAAGCAGUCAUCGGUGGUAUAGUCACAAUGGCUAUUAUGAUCCCUAUUAACGCUUAUUUGUCAAAAAAGGUCAAGUCACUCAACAAAGAACAAAUGAAAUACAAAGAUAUUAGAAUUAGAACUUUGACAGAAAUUCUGAAUUCUAUAAAGUCUAUCAAACUUUAUUCGUGGGAAAAGCCAAUGUUAAAAAGAUUGGAUCAUGUUCGUAACGAUUUAGAACUUGAAAGUUUCAAGAAAAUAGGUAUUGUCAGUAAUUGUAUCUUCUUUGCCUGGAAUUGUGUUCCUAUCAUGGUUACUUGCUCAUCCUUUAUCAUUUUUGCUUUAACUAGUGGUAUGGCAUUAACUCCAGACAUUGUAUUUCCAGCUUUAGCAUUGUUUAACAUCUUAAAUGAUGCAAUUUACUCAGUCCCAUCAACUAUUACAAACAUAAUCGAAGUUAGUGUUUCCUUAGGAAGAUUGAAGAAUUUCUUAGCCACUGAAGAAUUAGAUAGAUCAUUCAUUGAACAAUCAGAUCCAAAAAAUGAUGGUCAUUCUUGUGCUGUGGAAAUUGAUAAUGCUACAUUUUUAUGGAAGGGAAAGAAAAACUUAGUAUCAUCUGAAAAUGGAGAUGAAGAAUCUACUAUUGAUAAUACACAGGUUGCCUUCAAGAAUGUCAAUCAUUUUGAGGUUAAAGAAGGGAGUUUGACCUGCAUUGUUGGAAGAGUUGGUUCUGGUAAAACAACUUUAUUAAGAGCUGUUUUAGGACAAUUACCAUGUAUAAGUGGUGCACAGGAAUCAAUUCCACCAAAACUUAUUAUUAGAGGUAAUAGUAUUGCCUAUUGUCCUCAACAAGCAUGGAUUAUGAACAGUUCUGUUAAGGAAAACAUUUUGUUUGGGCAUAAAUAUGACGAACAUUAUUACAAUCUGACAAUCGAAGCUUGUCAGUUAACUGAAGAUUUGAAAAUGUUACCGGAUGGAGAUGAAACGAUUGUAGGUGAAAAAGGUAUUUCAUUAUCAGGUGGGCAAAAGGCUAGAUUAUCAUUAGCCAGAGCCGUCUAUUCCAGAUCAGAUAUCUAUUUAUUAGAUGAUAUAUUGUCUGCAGUUGAUGCUGAAGUUAGUAAAAAUAUCAUUGAAAAAGUCUUAGAUGAACAAACUGGUCUUUUGAAAAGCAAGACAAUUAUAUUAACAACUAAUGCAAUUUCUGUUUUAAAGCACUCUCAAAAGAUCUAUGCAUUAGAAAAUUGUGAAAUUAUAGAAGAAGGUGCAUAUGAUGACGUCAUGAACUCAAGCGAAGAUUCCAAAUUGAAAGCUUUAAUCAACGAAUUCGAUAACGACAGAGAUAAUAACAGCAAAGAAGAAGUAAGUGAGGAACGUAAAACUUCAGAAGAAACUUCUGAUGUGGUACCAAUUGAUGACAAUUUAAUUGAAAAUGACGACGACAAUCUAGCAGAGUCUACAGUUGCAUAUACUGGUAAGGAACAAAGAAAAGCAUUAGAAAUUAGUUCCAGAAAAGCUUCAAUGGCAACGUUGAAACCACGUCCUAUUUUUGAUAUAAAUAAGAGUGACAAUAAAACUGCCCAAAAGGAGGAGACGACUGCUGAAGGUCGUGUCAAGACUGCAGUAUAUAUUGCAUAUAUUAAGGCGUGUGGUGUUUCAGGUGUAGCAUUAUUUUUCAUUUUCAUGUUAUUGAGUAGAAUUUUUGAUCUGGCAGAGAACUUCUGGCUAAAACACUGGUCUGAAUCCAACCAAAAAUCUGGUUCUAAUGAGAAUUUAUGGAUGUUUGUCGGAGUGUAUGCCUUGAUUGGUAUAAUUUCAGCAGCUUUCAACAAUUUAAGAAGUAUAGUUAUGUUAAUUUUCUGUUCAAUUAGAGGGUCUAAAAAGCUUCACGAUAAUAUGGCAUUAUCUGUCGUCUAUAGUCCUAUGAGUUUCUUUGAGACCACACCUAUUGGUCGUAUUAUUAAUAGAUUUUCUGGUGAUUUAGAUUCAGUUGAUAGUGGACUUCAGUUUAUCUUUUCUCAUUUUUUUAGAUCACUGUUAGGUUAUAUUGUUACUGUUAUUUUAGUGGGUUAUAAUAUGCCUUGGUUUUUUGUUUUCAACAUAUUCUUAAUUGUUAUUUACUUUUAUUACCAAGCCUACUAUAUUGUAACAAGUAGAGAACUAAAGAGAUUGACAAGUAUUACCUAUUCACCAAUUAUGUCCUUAAUAAGUGAAACAUUGGCCGGUUACCUUGUUAUAAAUGCUUAUAAUCACGCCAAAAGAUUUAGUUACUUCAAUUUUGAAAGCGUUCAAUUUAAUAUAGAUUGUCUCUUCAACUUUAGAUCUACAAAUAGAUGGUUAUCUGUUCGUUUACAAGCUAUCGGUGCUCUGAUUGUUUUGGCAACAGGUUUACUUUCAUUGUCUACAAUCGGUACUAGCAAACAACUAACUGCAGGUAUGGUUGGUUUGUUAAUGAGUUAUUCGUUACAAGUCACCAAUUCCUUAAUGUGGAUUGUUAGGAUGUCAGUGCAAAUUGAAACCAAUAUUGUUUCAGUGGAAAGGAUAUUAGAAUACUGUGAAUUACCACCAGAACCACCUCAUGAAAUUGAAGAAACAAAACCUGAAAAGUCUUGGCCUGCACAUGGUUCAAUUAAGUUUAUCGAUUAUUCCACCAAAUAUAGAAAAAAUCUAGAUCCUGUAUUGAAUAAAAUUAACUUGGAAAUCGAACCUAGGGAAAAGAUAGGUAUUGUAGGAAGAACUGGUGCUGGUAAAUCGACAUUAACUUUGGCCUUAUUUAGAAUUUUAGAAGCCACCGACGGUAAAAUUGUUAUUGAUGGAGUCGAUAUUUCAACUUUAGGUUUGUCUGAUCUAAGAAGCAAUCUAGCAAUUAUCCCACAAGAUGCACAAGCAUUUGAAGGAACUAUUAGAACUAAUCUGGAUCCGUUUGAUCAACAUUCAGACGAAGAGCUUUGGAAGGCAAUUGAAGCAUCUCACUUAAAGCCACAUUUGGAAAGAAUUAUUUCUAAUAGGGAUGAUAAUUCUGAAUCUGAAGAAACCAAUGUUUCAGCCAAAGAUAAUAACCUACUUGAAAUUAAAAUUAAUGAAAAUGGUUCUAAUUUAUCUGUUGGUCAAAGACAGUUGUUAUGUUUGUCAAGAGCAUUAUUAAAUCAUUCUAAGAUUUUGGUAUUAGAUGAAGCAACCGCCUCUGUUGAUAUGGAAACAGAUAAGAUUAUUCAAGAAACCAUUAGAAAUGAGUUUUCUGAUAGAACCAUUUUAACUAUUGCUCAUAGGAUCGACACAGUUCUGGGAUAUGACAAGAUUUUAGUUCUUGACAAGGGUGAAGUCAGGGAAUUCGAUUCUCCUGACACCCUGUUAGAAAAUAAGAAUAGUAUUUUUUACAACUUAUGUGAAAAAGGUGGUUACUUAAAUAAAGCACUACCAACAAAUAAUACCAAAAAUGAUUAA